CCAUAAAAUGCUUAGCGAGAGAGACGUUGUAAACAAAAAUUACUCAAAAAUGAAAUGGCCAAUUUGUUGUUGCUUAAUUUCGGAAUUAACGGUAUGGAAAUACACUAGAUAGGACCACAUGGCAUCUCUGCGUAAACCGAACUUGGCAGAUGUGCAGGCCUUGAUUUAGACAUUUAGCAGUGACUACGCCUACGUUACUACGAACAGUGCAACAUGGCGGACGUCUCAGGGAGCACAACUCACACUCUGCUGCAGCACAAUUAUGCUGCCAAUGUGCAUCAUGAGAGUUCCAUGAGCAGCAACACUGCAACAGUGCGAUCAAGGCCUGAGGUGGACCAGGAUGUAAAAAUCGCACUAAGUCACUUCAAGGAGGUGUUUCUUCCUUCCGAAUACGCGUAUCACGUGAAUAACUUUGAGCAGUUUGUACCGGACGUCUACUCAGGUGCUCCGGAUAUAAUAUUCAGGGCCUCGGUUUGGGUGAAUAAAAUAUCUGACAGAGAGUCAUUUGACAUCUGGCUAAAGGCGUUCCAAAACCUGACUCGAACAGAGUAUCGUGUCACACGGACGCACCCUCGCGUCAAGGGUAAAUUCGUCAUGUACAGGGGCGAGUAUCACUGCCAGCACCGUACCAGGAGUUUCCACUAUGUGCCGGUGAAGAAAAAGAGCUUGACGUCUUCAGCCGGCAGGAGGUCGAGGAAGGCGGACUGCAAUUCGUCUAUAUGCCUCACCGUGUACACCAGCGGAGCCGAGAUCGCGGGCGGUUGUUCGAACAUGCGCUGCCUUCUGAGGAUCGACUACUGUCACUCGCAUGCCAUCGACUCUGCGCACAUGCUCAGUUUCCGAAAGGUCUCUGACGCCACGAGGCAGAAAUUCCUCGAUCUAUUCGAGGCCGGCCACUCGGCUGUGUCGGCGAAACUUCUGCACGAGACGGAGAUGCAGUUGCAGUGUGAACCGGACGAGAUCCAGGACAGGCUCGCCGAUCGAAGCAUCAAUCCCAGGGAUUCCGAUGUCUACAACAUCUACAAGGAGUGGCAUCGCGGGGCGCCGGCGGCAGCGGCGGCGUCGGCGCGGGAGCAGUGCGUGGAUCACCGCCGCCUCGAGACGUUAGUGCGCGAGUACAAUGAGACGCACGCCGCCUCGGGCGGGAACGCGAGCAUCGAUGCGCCGGUGCCGGCGGGGACCGACCACGACUACGCGCGGCGCGACGACGCGGCCGAGCCGGCGGUCAUCGCCGUGUGCACGCCGAUCAUGCGUCGCGCGCACAAGACACCGAGUCAUGCCAAGGUGUUCUGCGACGCCGCCUCAUCGUUCCGUCGCCACGGCUACACGACGCUCGUCCUCUCGUCAGAUUCCCCGGCCGGACCGCUGCUGCUUGGGGUUGUCAUCGUCUCGGACGACUCGCCCGAGACGCUGACUCGCGGACUCGCCGCCCUGAAGCGGGUCGUGCCGGGGGAGCGCGCGUUCCACGGUAACGGUGCUGACGGGGGUCCGGCGGUCGUCGUCGCCGGCGUGGAGGCGGCGCUCGCGUGGCUGUGCGACGCGCGGAACGGCGUCACGGACUGGCACGACCGGCGCAUGCUAGCGUGCCGGGUGUCGGCCGUCCUGCGUGCGGACACGGCGACCGACGCGUGCUGCCACCACGAGCAGCUGCUGGAAUGCCCCGUCGCGCGCAAGCACGAGAGAUUCCUCGCGUACUAUCGGAGUCUGUGGCUGCGGAGGAAGGAGUGGGUGCUGCCUCACCAGAGCCGCGUGGACGACGACGGGAGCGACCUCGCUCACACCGGGAUGCGGCUGCUGAGGGAGAUCGCAUUCCAGCGAACGAAGGCUCGCAGCAUCGCACAGAUGUUCAUGUUCGUGACGACGACGCUCGAACUGUAUCUCCGGCGACGGCUGCUCUCCCCCGCGCAGCACGGUCGAUUGGAUCACUUCCUCCUGACAAAGUACAAAGGUCUGAAUCGGGAGAAGGUCCGACAGACGGACGUCACGGCGGUUUCCGACGACGCUCAGUUCGAGGUCCGCAGUUCGACGAAGAGGAACGCGGAGCACUGGGUCGACAUGCGCUCAGGCGUUUGUUCGUGCGCGUACGGCAUAGACGGGGCGCUGUGCGAACACCAGGCAGCCGUCCUCAUGAAGACUAGAUCGCAGGCGGCGCCACCUGCCGACCCUGCGCCGAUGACGGAACGCGAGAGAACGCUGUGCGCGAGCGUCGCUAUCGGUGAACGCACCGACGAGGCGAGACUGUUCCUAGUACUAGCAGAUAACACGCUCGUCGAGAUAGCAAACACGCCCCAAAUCACGGCUUUGGCGGAGCUUUGCGAACCGGUUAACGAGGGAGAUGGCGGCGGUGCGGCGGAAUGCGAGUCGGCCGGCGCCAGACUAGACGCGGUGGUUGCCGGCGCGAAUGACGGACCGCGCCGGGGCGUCGAGGUCGCCUCGUGUCGCGGCAAAUACUUCGAUAUCGCGACGUCAUCUAAUUUGGCGAGCGUGCGCCGCUACAUGAAGGUGGCACCACCGUGCCUACCCGACGUCUUCGUCACCAACCACGAAUUAGUCGAUUGCAACGAAGUGGAAAUUUGCUGA